AUGUCGAGUAUAAAUGAAGAUCAAUCGACGAUUGAUGGGAAUUCCAGUUCACAACACCAAGAAGGUCUAAUUUCGUCAGUAACUCAAGCUAAUGAUAUACAACAAAGAUUAACACCAAAUACAAUUGUUCCACCUAUUCGACAAAGUUAUUCACCAUGGAGCAUCGUUAAAUCUUUUGCAUUUCGUGUUUUGAUGAUUUAUCUUGUUACACAAUUUUUUCGUCGACCUGCAAAUGUUAAUCCAACUGAAACUAGAACAGUACCCAUUGAUUCAUCGUUGUUGACGACUACUUACAUUCCUGGAAGUCUUUAUACAACUGGUGAUUUACUCGACAUGUACAUAUUUAUUAGCGAAGAAAAACUUUACAGAUAUGAUCCCAUGAGAAAACCUCUAUGGACAUUGAGUGAUUUCAAAUAUGGAGAUUGGUCAUCACAUGGAACACGUACUAAAUUUGUUGAAUUUCCUAUUUCAGAGAAUAUAAAAAAUAAUGGGUCACUUUAUUUACAUGUUGUUGUAAGUAAACAUCGAUAUUCUAUUGAUCCUAGCGAACGUGAACCUGAUUCACCACAAUAUACGUUUUGGAAAAGUAAACGCUUAAAUAAAUAUAAAAAGAAAGUUUAUCGAAAAACAAAAAAUCUUUUAACGGGUAGUACGGAAAAAGAUGAAGAAUAUCAAAAGAAAGCUGACGAUAAUAUUGUUGAAAUUUUAUCGCAUUGGCACUCUAAUAUGACGAUUAAUUUACUCGAAGAUCAAUCAUCAUGGAUGAAAGGCAGUAUACCACCACCAUUAGAUAAAUAUGUUGAUUUUGAUGCUUAUACUGGAAAAUACUAUCCCGUACUUUAUUUAAAUGAUUAUUGGAAUCUUCUUUCCGAUUAUUAUCCAUUAAAUGAUACGAUCGAUAAAUUAAACUUGACGAUAACUGUUGCACCAAUACAAUUAUGGAAAUGGCAAAUGUAUGUGUCACAAAAUUUACGUCAAUCAUGGUAUGGAAAUUUACUUGGUGAUGAACCAAAUGAUGAAGAUCAAGAUACCAUGAAACGUACACUCAUUGAAACAAAUCCAUAUUUACUUGCAAUGACAAUAACUGUUUCACUUGUACAUACCGUUUUUGAAAUAUUAGCAUUUAAAAAUGAUAUUCAAUUUUGGCGUACAAGAAAAUCUCUUGAAGGUUUAUCUGUUCGAAGUGUGUUUUUAGGUAUAUUUCAAAGUUUUAUCGUAUUACUAUAUGUAUUUGAUAAUGAAACAAAUACUAUGGUUCGUAUUAGUGUUUUUGUUGGUAUAAUUAUUGAACUAUGGAAAGUACCAAAAAUCGUUAAUUUUCAAAAUUUGCCAAAUGAAAAAUGGUUUGGUUUAAUACCAAAAUAUAAAUAUGUUUUUAAACAAUCAUAUAAAGAUACAUCAACAUCAGAAUAUGAUCGAAUGGCUUUUAAAUAUUUAUCAUGGCUUUUAUAUCCAUUAGUGGCUGGUUAUGCAUGUUAUCUAUUAAUGUAUCACGAACAAAAAAGUUGGUAUUCAUUCUGUUUAAGCACAGUUUAUGGGGUUUUAUUAACAUUUGGUUUUAUCAUGAUGACCCCACAAUUGUUUAUUAAUUAUAAACUUAAAUCAGUAUCACAUUUACCUUGGCGUAUGAUGACAUAUAAGGCAUUGAAUACAUUUAUUGAUGAUUUAUUUGCUUUUGUUAUUAAAAUGCCAACAAUGUAUCGAAUUGGAUGUUUUCGUGAUGAUAUUAUAUUUUUUAUAUAUCUUUAUCAACGUUAUAUGUAUCCAGUUGAUCGUACACGUGUAAACGAAUUUGGUACAACAGGUGAAACAGAUUCGAAUGUUACAUCUGUUGGCCAUGCAAUUUUAGAAACUAGUCAAAAGUCUAUUAGUCAAUCAAUGUCAGAUAUGACCGAUGAGCAACACGAAAAAAUCGAAUAG